UCUCUAAAUUUCCCUUCUUUCAUAUAAACAUUAUUUAAAAUAUUAACCAAACAACUGCAGAUAUUGAAGCAGUGUAACUGCUAUCGGACCGCAGUUACAUUUACCACUGUAUCGACUUGUGACGCAUUGUCGGGUUUCUUUCACUUUCGUUUAUUUGACUCGCUAUAGAAUCUACUAGUGAAAGUCAGCGAAUAAAACACCAACAAAUAACUCAAGUGCAGUGACUCGUUGAUUCAACAGAAGCGAUCGUUAACUGGAUCACCAGGGGACUCCAGGUGGGACAGGGCCCGAUGCUGCAGGUAGAUGAUGGCAUCAUCCACCCCAAUGCCAGGUCGAUAAGCAAUCUGCAGCAGGUGCUGAGCUCACCUGGGUGUGGAGGUGACUGAGGACAAUCCCCUCCAUGUGCUUCAUGGGAUGAGAGGUUAAGGCGAUGGGUCUGAAGUGGUUCGGCUCCUUAGGAUGAGGUACCUUUGGAACUGGAACCAGACAGGAAGUCCUCCAGAGUACCGGUACUCUCUCCAGCUGAGGCUCAGGUUGAGUAUGUACAGGAACACCUCAAAGAGCUGGUCUGCACAUUCCCUGAGGAGCCUGGAGCUUCUUGAGUCCCUCCUAACCUGGUUCAGAGUGAUGCAGUGGGCGGUGGCUGGUCUGGAGCUGUGGGUCAUACCCACAUACUGUACCACCUGGCUGGGGAGCACAGACUUUCAGCACCCUUGGACUCAUUCCAUCUGGUCCUGCAGCCCAUGUGUGGGAGUCAGUUUCCAUGGUGUAUCCUGAGCCUCUUUGUCGAUUAAAGUGACUGCUAGUACCAGCAGAGGAACAUCAUGGCGAGAGCAAAUCCAAAUGUGAAUUCUCUGACACACAGCAGCUAUGAACUCCUGCCACCCAGAAUGUCUGAGCUGAAGGUUGUUGUGCUGGGAAACCGAUGGUCUGAGCGGAGUGAAGUGGGAAACUUUCUACUGGGAAAAAGUACAACCAUUUCAGCACGUGACCAUUGUCUGAUGUUCAGUAAAGAACUAGAAGAAAAACAAAUAACCGUCAUUCACACCCCAGACGGGCUGAUUUCCAAAAUGGACAAAUUGACAGAGUUUAUACAACAGUGUGAUAAACUCUGUGAUCCUGGACCUCACGUGUUCUUACUGGUUCUACAUCCUGAUGACUUUACUGUGGAUUACAAACAGAAGCUCUGUAGAGUCCUUGGAAACUUCAGUGAUCAAUCAUUUGAUCAUUCUCUGGUUCUGAUGACAACUCCUAAAAUGAUGACACCUGAUUGGAUGAUAAAAAAUCUAGCAUUAAAUGAAAUGAUCAAAAAAUGUAGAUACAGACACUUAAGCUGGAGGAACAUUGACCGUUUACAGCUGCUAAAACGCUUGGGUCAGAUUGUAAAAAAGAACAAUGGACAGCAUGUUCAACUAUCUGUGGACAUAGAGGAACCAACAACAGCAUUAAGUGAUGUCCAGAGCUCCAGGAAUGUUGCUGGUCUGUCUGCAGGUGAACAAAUCCCUCAGCAUCUCUCCAAACCAGUAUCUGCAUUCAGGAUUGUGCUGAUUGGAAAGAGUGAAAAGACAAUAUUAACCACAUUGAUAAGGAGCCAAACAACUUCACCCAAAGCUCUAGUAACCUAUGGAGAAUGGAAAGGACAACGACUAACAGUAGUGAAAACUGGAGACCUGAUCAGUCAGUCUGUGGAAGCAGUGAGACGAGAGAUGAAGGUCUGUGUGAGGUUUUGUUCUCCUGGACCAAAUGUUCUGCUGCUGUUUGUGAACCCUUCUGAUUUCACAGAGGAGAAAAGAAAAAGACUGGAAUUUAUCCUGAGUUUGUUUGGUGGAGACGCUUUUAAAUAUUCAAUGGUUGUUUUCACCCAUGAGGGCGAGAAUGAGACAAUGAAAAAACUGAUUAAAGACUGUAAACAAAGGCAGCACAGUAUCAGUCAUUACAAAAAGGACUGGAUAGAAACUGAUGAAGAGUUAAUGCAGAAAAUGGAAAAUAUGGUGAGAGACAACAGAGGAGGAUGUUUAACACUGAAUAGAAAAUAUGAUUUUACGCGACUGUCCAGCUGGUCAAAACCUCUAAACCUGGUUGUGUUUGGGAGGAAAGGAGCAGGGAAAACAUCAGCAGCGGAGGCCAUUGUAGGUCAGACAGGGCUUCAUGCAGUCUCCAGCUCAUCACAGUGUGUCAAACACCAAGGAGAGGUGUGUGGACGUUGGGUUUCUCUGGUGGAGCUGCCGGCCUUGUCUGCAGAACCAGAGGAGACAGUGAUGGAAGAAUCAUUCAGGUGCGUCUCCCUCUGUGACCCUGAGGGGGUCCAUGCCUUCAUCCUGGUCCUACCUGUGGCUCCACUCACUGAUGAAGACAAGGCAGAGUUACAGACCGUCCAGAACACGUUUGGCUCUCGAAUCAAUGACUUCACCAUGAUUCUGUUCACUGUGGAGUCAGAUCCUGGAAAUCCAGGUGUUGCUGAGUUAGUAAAUGGAAACAGGGAAAUCCAGGAUCUCUGUCAGUUGUGUGGAGGAAGAUCUGUUGUUCUCAACAUCAGGGACAAGCAGCAGAUCCCUGAUCUGAUAAAAGCUUUGGAAAAAAUGAGAGAUGACAGAUCGAGCUUCUUCACUAAGGACCUAUUCACCAGAGCUCUGAUGGAGAAGAUCACAAAAGUUAACAAACACAGCAGUGAGACUAAAGGUGAUGAAAACCAGAGCAGAGAGCCUCUCAGGAUGGUUCUGAUUGGACGAACUGGCAGCGGGAAGAGUGCAACUGGAAACAUGAUUCUAGGAAAAAAAGUGUUUCAAUCAAAAGCCAGUCCAAGAUCUGUGACGAAGGUUUGUCAGAAAGCCUCAGGAGAGAUUGAUGGACGACCUGUUGUUGUGGUUGACACUCCUGGUUUGUUUGAUACAAGUCUUUCUAAUGAUGAGAUUCAAGAGGAGCUGGUGAAAUGCAUCAGCUUGUUGUCUCCUGGACCUCAUGUGAUCUUACUGGUUCUGCAGAUCGGUCGCUUCACAAAAGAAGAAAAACAGUCUGUGGAGCUGAUCAAGAAAUAUUUUGGAAAGAAUGCACAACAUUUUAUUAUCAUUCUCUUCACCAGAGGAGAUGAUCUCAAAGACCAGACAAUUGAGAGUUAUAUAGAAGAAUUUGAUGAUUUAGUCAAAAAACUGAUAAAUGACUGUGGAGGAAGGUACCAGGUCUUCAAUAAUGAGAACAAGACAAAUAACGCUCAGGUCAGAGAGUUACUGACAAUGGCCAACAAAAUGGUGAAAGAAAGUGGAGGAAGCUGCUACAGCAGCGAAAUGUUCCAAGAAGCUGAGGCAGCGAUAAAGAAGGAAGUGGAAAAGAUCCUGAAGGAGAAGGAAGAGGAGAUGAAGAGGAAGGAGGAAGAACUUAAAACAAAACAUGAGGCAGAAAUGGAAGCAAGGAGAAGAAGAAUGGAGGAAGAAAGAGAGAAAGUUGAACAAGUCAGAAAAGAGAAAGAAAAACAACUUGAGGGAAUGAAAAAUCAAAUUAAUAGACUGAACAAGGAGAGAAAGAAAGAACAGGAGAUGAGAGAUGAAGAGGAGAAAGAAAAAGUAAGAGAGGAUGCAAAACAACGACGGGAAUUAGAGCAAAAACUUCAAGAUAUAGACAAAAAGGAAAAUACUGAGGGAGAAUUGAAACAGAACAGAGAGGAGAUGAGGAAGCAACAACAGGCCUGGGAAAAAGAAAGAAAAGAGUGGUGGGAGAAGAGACACAGAGAAAAUGAACAGAGGCGUGAAGAAGAGAAAGAAAAACUGAAAAAGCUGGAAAAAGAAUAUGAACAAGAACGAGAAGACUAUGAAAAGAGAAAAGAACAAGAUCAGCUGAAACAAGAACAAGACGACAAAGAAAGACAAGAGUUACAGGAAAAAUACACGAAGCAAGUGGAGGACAUGAAGAAGAAAUAUGAAGAAGAAGCCAGAAAACUGGCUGAAGAAUUCAAUGACUUCAGACAGGAAUACACCAAAGACUUUGAAGCACUGGAAAAAAUGUGCAUGGAGGUAAUAAAAAAGUAUGAGAUAGAGAUCGAGAUUUUUCCUAAUGAAAAAUACAGCAGUAAAUGCAACAUCUUCUGAUCGACCCUCUCAAAUAAGAGAUUUGUGAAUAUCAACACAAUCUAAUGAGCUUCUAAUUAUAAGGCAGGAGUGACUGCAGCUGCAUUGCAUUUACGCAAUAAUAUGAGCUUUUAAUUUGUUGUCAGUUGUAAUAACCAGCCACUUAGUAUUUUACAGUUACACUAUACUACACUAUACUGUAGCUACAACACAUAAGUGUCGUUCAUGUGCAUCAAACACAGACGAAGAUAUGAUACAAUAAACUGUUAGCAUGUAUUUAAUAUUAUAGCUCAACCUGGACAAGUAUGCGAUGCAUUUAUGGGUCUACUGCUGUUUCAGAAAUAAACAUUUUAAAAGCAAA